CAUCCCAUCCGCCUCUCAGCUACCAAGUCGGCCAGACCAACCAACCAUCAACACACACCUCACUCCAUUCCAACACUCCUCCUCCCUCCCCCUUCUCUCUCUCUCUCCCACUCUGCUGGUCGGCCAGAGGCUGCCUGCCAUGUGGGCCUCGCCGGGGAGGCUGCCGGCGAUGGAGGAGGAGGAGGAGGAGGAGUGCGAGGCGGACGCGGGCCACAGGGCGCCGAUGGCGUCGUGCUGGGGCCGCUUCGGCCUGGCGGCGCUGUGGCACAGGCUCCGGCACCUUUUCCUGGCGCGGCGGAGGGCGCGGCACGGCCGGUCCAUCCUCGGCGCCGGCGGGCUCAACUACGACCCGCUCAGCUACGCGCAGAACUUCGACGACAGCAGCCUCGAGCACCACGAGCCUGACUUCACGGCCAGGUUCGCGCCCGCCCGCAACGCCAGCUCGCCACGGCCGGUAUGACGACGCGCCGCUCCUCGGCGCCCCAGUGGCGGAUGGAGAACCCUCUUUCCCACUUCUUGGCGCCUUUGUGAGCCUUUUGAGUGGUAAAAAGGCUUUAUUUAAUUAUUUAGUCCACAUGUUUCUCGGAUCAAUGUACAUGUACAUGUCAUAUGGAUGACGCAAGUAGUUUUCGCUUUUAUUCACGGGUGUAAAUAUUGUUCUCCAAAAGAAAAUGAAAAAUACUAUUAGUAGAGAUUUUAA